AUAAUUUGUAAUGAAGAAUUCUGAAGUUACCAAGUUUCUGGUAUCUUUCAAUGGUCAAAUAGAUCAUAUUAAAUUUCCCGCAGGUGUUUUUGAUAAUCAACUUUAUAUACAAUAUGAUAUUGUGUGGGGUCCAGAUUGGGACCCUGUAUCCGGACUGUGUUCUGGAACCAGUCAACUUGCAACAUCUGGAUGUGAUCCUGAAAAAGUAAUAUUUAAUUUGCCAUUAGAUAUUGUAUUUGGCAGUAACAAUGUAUAUGGUUGGCCCCAAUUAAUUGUGACAGUAAGAGCUAAGAGUUUCUUCAUGGGUGACACUCUCCGAGGAUAUGCUGUCUUUUUACUACCACCAAUAACUGGAUCCCAUGAAGUUAAAUCAUCCUUAAUACGACCUCGGUCAGCAACAGUUUUGGGAGAAUGGUUAUCAUGGCUGACAGGAAGACAUCCGGAAUUGGCUGACCCAAAAAUGCUAGCAAAUGGAAAAGAUAACUAUUUAUUGCGGACAGAGUCAUAUGGAAGUGUUACAUUGAAAAUGUCAAUGAUGUCAAAGGAUUUAAGGAAACUUGGUUAUGACAACCAGCCACCAACUUGGAAAAACAAUGCUGCUUAACACGUAUGAACAUCUCUAUACAUAUCUACAUAUUAUUUCUUCUUUCUUUUUAUCUACGUAUUAUGUAAGUGAUACCUACAAAUUAUAGCACCUGUACCUUAAUUUAAAAAAAAAAUUACUCUCUCUCCAUAAUAGUUUAUUAUUACAAAAAAUCAAACAAAUUACUAUACACAA